AUGGUCAAAGUGUCCGAGGGCAAAUACAAAGUGGGCGACUCCAGCGCUCUCAUCUUCAUCAGGGUCCUGCGCACCCACGUGAUGGUGCGGGUGGGCGGAGGCUGGGACACGCUGGAGCAUUACCUGGACAAACACGACCCGUGCCGCUGUGCCGCCUUCUCCCACAGGUACCACCAGAACAAAGCCGGGGGCCAGACUCAAGGGCCCCAGAGCAAGUCGUCCAGUGCUCAGUCAUCUCGCUCCACAAGCCCAGGGCCCCACUGGAAGAACGAGCCAAUUGGCACCUGCCGCUCAGGCUCCUCCCCCAGCCGCUCCUCUGAGGCAGACUGCCCCGCCCACAACCUGAUGCCCCGCCCACCUCAGGACCGCUCUGAGCCUCGCCAGCUCAACCGCCUCAGGAAUAGGGACUCGGCGCUGCCGCUGACCAGACGUCUCUCUGGAGACAGUGACUCGUCCACUGCUUCGUCUAAAGGAGGAGGAGGCCUGUACUCACGGCGCUCCGGAGAGGAGGUUAUCCUCAUGGUCAACCGCAAGGAGGGCAAGCACGUUAUCGAAAGACCCGGAGCAACCAACCCGACCAGGACCCAAAGACCCUCACCCCGCGCCCGCAGCCAGUCCAGAGAGCCUCUCCACAAACCCAGCCCCCCCACGAGCACCGAAAACAGGCUGGAGAGGGGCCGCUCCCUGGGCACUGACGCCCACCGCAGAGUCCAUGUUCCUCGCUCACACAGCCAGGGGAGGCUUAUAAGUCGCACCCGCGCCACUGAUCCCAGCCCUGGGCCCACAUCUCGUUUCAGGGACCCCCAUAGAGAGGACCUGAGGCUAAAGCUGGGGCCACCCUCCUCUCCCAGAACCCCCAGGAGGCAGCCGUCAACGGGCAUCAACUCGCCUGCAAAGGGUGCACCCACCAACUGCAGUCCCAAUAAGAAGAGCCUCGCAUCCCCCAGACCCUCAGCCCCCCGCACCCCUGCCCCAGGAAAGGCACGUCUCCCGUCAGUGUCUCACUCCCCCCAUCAGCACGUGUCCCGCCCACCCAGGCAGUCCCAUGGCCGCGGAGAGCUGCACCGUAACGGCUCAGCGGAGGAGCCAAGGGGCCGGGCCUUCCACAUGCUGCCCCCUCUGGACCCUCAGCGAGAGCAGGACCUGUACCGCAGUCUGGAGGCAGAGUUCUUGGAAAACUCCCGAAAGGUGAUGUCUGGAGGCGGGGUUAGAACACACCUAGUGCCUGCCUCUGAUGUCACAGACUCUGCCUACUCCUCGUCUAACUCCUCGUCUUCCUCCCUGUACGUGGGCACCAGGACAGGAUCUCUGCCGGACUUGAAAGAGUCCAGGAGAUCUCAGAGAGCAUUCCAUGUGGACGACCCUUUGACGUUUCUGUAUGGACAGAGUCCAGGGGCCAGUGGACGGGGUCAGGGGGAGCAGGAGCAGUGGGUGGUUCGGGGUUUGCGGAGGCUGCCAGCCAUCACGAGCCCUGCAGACCCCAAAGACCUGCUCACUCAUGUACAGAACCCCAGUGUGAACGGUCGCGGGCCUGUGGGGGUUACAGGAAAUGAAACUGUUCAGUCAGACGUGCCUCACUGCAGUGAGGAGCCACCCCCCCUCUCAGAGGAGUACUUGGACUCCUCCAGUGAGAGCUCCUCCAUGUGCUUCAGUCUGAGCGACUCCCCCCCGCCCUCUCACUGCUCAGGCCUGCUCAACGGAGGGACAGGGGCCUCAAGGAAGGACCCCCACAAGCACAAGCUGAGGGCCAGAGUAAAGUCACGCACUGACCCCAGGCCUGCACACAGCCCCUCCAGGAUCCCCACCCCAGUGAAGUACAGGUCCCCCUGCCUCACCCCUGUCAGCUGCAGGUCCCCCUGCCUCACCCCCAGUCACACACCCCCCCUGUCGCCCCAGGGCCCCUCACGCUCCUGUACGAGCCUGCAGCAGGCCUUCUCAGGGCAUGUGUUUACCCGACCUGAGUCCACCGCGUUACCGCAAACACUUCAGCCCACAACCGCUGCUGCUCUCACGGAGAACCGCCAGUUUGGAUCGAAGAUGACGGACUCCAAGUAUUUCACCACCACCAAGAAAGGGGAGAUCUUCGAGCUGAAGGCAGAGCUCAACAGUGACAAGAAGGAGAAGAAGAAGGAGGCGGUGAAGAAGGUGAUCGCCUCCAUGACUGUGGGGAAGGACGUGAGCGCCCUUUUCCCUGAUGUGGUCAACUGUAUGCAGACAGACAAUCUGGAGCUGAAGAAACUGGUCUACCUCUACCUCAUGAACUACGCCAAGAGCCAGCCUGACAUGGCCAUCAUGGCUGUCAACACCUUUGUGAAGGACUGUGAGGACCCUAACCCUCUGAUCCGCGCCCUGGCUGUGCGCACCAUGGGCUGCAUCCGCGUGGAUAAGAUCACAGAGUAUCUGUGUGAGCCGCUGCGGAAGUGUCUGAAGGACGAGGACCCGUACGUGAGGAAGACCGCUGCUGUGUGUGUCGCCAAACUGCACGACAUCAACGCGCAGCUGGUGGAGGACCAGGGCUUCCUCGACACGCUCAAGGACCUCAUCUCUGACUCCAACCCCAUGGUGGUGGCCAACGCGGUGGCAGCUCUGUCGGAGAUUGCAGAGUCUCAUCCAAACAGUAACCUGCUGGACCUGAACCCUCAGACCAUCAACAAGCUGCUGACCGCUCUGAACGAAUGCACAGAGUGGGGCCAGAUCUUCAUCCUGGACUGUUUGGCUAAUUACACUCCACGAGACGACCGCGAGUCUCAGAGCAUCUGUGAACGAGUGACGCCGCGGCUCUCCCACGCCAACUCUGCUGUGGUGCUGUCGGCCGUCAAAGUGCUCAUGAAGUUUAUGGAGAUGCUGCCCAAGGACCUGGACUACUACGGGACGCUGCUGAAGAAACUGGCCCCUCCCCUGGUGACGCUGCUGUCCGCGGAGCCAGAGCUGCAGUACGUGGCCCUGAGGAACAUCAACCUUAUUGUGCAGAGACGGCCAGAGAUUCUGAAACACGAGAUGAAAGUUUUCUUCGUCAAGUACAAUGACCCCAUUUAUGUCAAACUGGAGAAGCUGGACAUCAUGAUUCGACUGGCCUCUCAGGCUAAUAUUGCUCAGGUGCUGGCAGAGCUGAAGGAGUACGCAACUGAGGUGGACGUGGACUUUGUCAGAAAAGCUGUCAGAGCCAUCGGCCGCUGCGCCAUUAAAGUGGAGCAAUCGGCAGAGCGAUGUGUGAGCACGCUGUUGGACCUGAUCCAGACCAAGGUCAACUACGUGGUGCAGGAAGCCAUUGUCGUCAUCAAGGACAUCUUCCGCAAAUAUCCCAACAAGUACGAGAGUGUGAUCGCCACGCUGUGUGAGAACCUGGACUCCCUGGACGAACCCGAGGCCCGCGCUGCCAUGAUCUGGAUCGUGGGGGAGUACGCGGAGAGGAUCGACAACGCAGACGAGCUGCUGGAGAGCUUCCUGGAGGGCUUCCACGACGAGAGCACGCAGGUGCAGCUGCAGUUGCUGACGGGAAUCGUGAAGCUGUUCCUGAAGAAGCCAACAGAGACACAGGAGCUGGUGCAGCAGGUGCUCAGUCUGGCCACUCAGGACUCUGACAACCCAGACCUGAGAGACCGCGGCUACAUCUACUGGCGCCUGUUGUCCACUGACCCGGUGGCGGCUAAAGAGGUGGUGCUGGCGGAGAAGCCCCUGAUCUCAGAGGAGACCGACCUCAUCGAGCCCACGCUGCUGGAGGAGCUCAUCUGCCACAUUGGAACCCUGGCCUCGGUCUACCACAAGCCCCCCAGCGCCUUCGUGGAGGGCAGCCGCGGCGUGCAGCACAAGAGGCUCCCGGGCAGCGCUGGAUCUGGAGAGAGUGUGGAGAGCCCAGAGCCGGCCACAGCGGCGGUGCCCGAGACCACACCCUCUGUCAUUCCCUCUCAAGAAGACCUCCUUGGAGACCUGCUGAACCUGGACCUGACUCCUCCCACCACCACCGGCCCACCGCCCCCCUCCUCCGGCCUGGUGAUGGGAGCCAUGGACCUGCUGGGCGGAGGUCUGGACAGCCUGAUUGGUGGAGACCUUGGAGGAAAUCCUGCUAUGGGAGCUGGCUUUGGGGCCCCCUCCUCAUUCCCGGCCCCCGCGAGCAGAGGCCUGGACGACCUGUUUGAUCUCGGCGGAGGAGUCGGCAUGGCAUCAGGAACAUACUGUCCACCUAAAACAGUGUGGCUUCCUGCUAUGAAGGGAAAAGGUCUGGAAAUCUCUGGAACGUUCAUCCGCAGAGCCGGAGUCAUUCAGAUGGAGAUGACUCUGACCAACAAGGCCAUGUCCGUCAUGACUGACUUUGCCAUCCAGUUCAACAGAAACAGUUUCGGCAUGGCUCCAGCGGGCCCUCUGCAGGUGCUGACUCCGCUGAGCCCAAACCAGAGCAUGGAAGUGGCCCUGCCGCUCAACACGCUGGGCCCCGUCAUGAAGAUGGACCCCCUCAACAACCUGCAGGUGGCCGUAAAGAACAACAUUGACGUCUUCUACUUCAGCUGCCAGUAUCCCAUGAGCGUGCUGUUCAGCGAGGACGGCAAGAUGGAUAGUAAAGUGUUCCUGGUCACAUGGAAAGACAUCCCCAACGACAACGAGACCCAGUUCCAGAUCAAAGACUGCCACCUCAACGCAGAUGCAGCCUCCAGUAAACUCCAGGGAGGUAACGUCUUCACCAUCGCCAAGAGGACGGUGGAGGGGCAGGACAUGCUGUACCAGUCCAUCAAACUGUCCAACGGGAUCUGGAUCUUGGCCGAGCUCAAGGUGCAGACGGGGAGCCCCUUCACGGUGUCGCUGAAGUGCAGAGCCACAGAAGUGUCCCAGGCCGUGUUCCAAAGCUACGAAGCCAUUCUCAAGAACUGA